CCCAAAUUGUCCUCUCAUGAACUGACGGUUCUACCCGUCCUUUGCCGUGCCCCCCCUCCCGCUCGGUCCGAUUACAAUCUCAGACCCUCCACCCACUCCCUCGAACGUGGCCCCUCUUUCUCUCUCUACUUUCGCUCUCUAAAAUCCUUCUCUCCCACAAAAGAUCUCGCCUCCAUAGAUAUUUUUCUAUAUUUAUAUACAUAUAAGAAGUUUCUGGAAAGUUCUGUCGAUCUGGAUCGAGAACAGCAAAAGCGACUCGGCAGAGAGAGUUCGCCGGAGUCGGUUGUGCCAUCGAUGGCGGAGUUGCCUCCGAAGAACGAUAGUGGAAGCUCCUCCGGUGAAGUUCCGGUCGAAUUCGAACGGGAAGUUGCUGCUGAAAGUAGCUGUAGUGUUGCUGAAUUGGACAGCAGGGAGGUGGUUGCAGGUGGUUUGUUAUCCAACGGCGGCAGUAAUUCGUCAGGGACUGGUGGUAGUAAUCUUCCUAGAGUCAAUACUUUACCAGUGAGGAUACUGGAUUCUGACAAAUUAGAGCUGCCUUCAAGCCCGAUUAAGUUGGAAAGAUCAAAAACUGAGAGACAUAGACAUAAAAAUAUACUUCCUGAAGAGGCAGCACAAAUUUUCAACAACAAAAUUUCGGUCCAGGAUAAGCUCAAAUUGUUGAACAGACUAGCUACAGUGAAAGAUGAUGGAACUGUGGAAGUGGAAUUUGAAGUUUCAGGAGAUGUCAAACCCCAAGAUCUUGGCGUUGGAUCUGAAAAUAUUUGUAAUGAAGUUGAUGAUGAUACUUUGUGCUCAACAGAACCUCAAUAUAUCCCGCCACUACAAAUAGUGAUGCUUAUUGUUGGUACACGUGGUGAUGUGCAGCCAUUUAUUGCUAUUGGCAAACGUCUGCAGGACUAUGGUCAUCGUGUUAGAUUGGCUACUCACUCGAAUUUCAAAGAAUUUGUCUUGACUGCCGGGUUGGAAUUUUACGCUCUAGGCGGAGAUCCAAAAGUUCUUGCUGAAUACAUGGUUAAAAAUAAAGGUUUCUUGCCAUCAGGACCUUCAGAAAUACCCAUUCAACGAAAUCAAAUGAAGGAAAUAAUAUACUCUUUACUUCCUGCGUGCAAAGAUCCUGAUGCUGAUUCUGGGAUUGCUUUCAAAGCGGAUGCAAUAAUUGCCAAUCCCCCAGCAUAUGGGCAUAUACACGUUGCAGAGGCUCUGAAAGUACCAAUUCAUAUAUUCUUCACAAUGCCAUGGACGCCGACUAGUGAGUUUCCACAUCCUUUAUCCCGUGUUAAGCAAUCAGCUGGAUAUAGACUGUCAUAUCAAAUUGUUGACUCUCUGAUCUGGCUUGGGAUACGAGACAUGAUUAAUGAUGUUAGGAAGAAAAAGUUGAAGCUACGACCAGUUACCUAUUUGAGUGGUUCACAAGGUUCUGAAUCUGAUGUGCCACAUGGAUAUAUUUGGAGUCCUCACCUUGUUCCCAAACCGAAAGAUUGGGGACCUAAGGUCGAUGUGGUGGGGUUUUGCUUCCUUGAUCUGGCAUCAAAUUACGAACCUCCUCAACCACUUGUAGACUGGCUUAAAGCUGGUACAAAACCUAUUUAUAUUGGCUUCGGUAGCCUUCCUGUUCAAUCACCAGAGAAAAUGACCCAAACAAUUGUGGAAGCGCUGGAAAUGACUGGACAAAGGGGCAUCAUAAACAAAGGCUGGGGUGGCCUUGGUAACUUGCCAGAACCAAAGGAUUAUGUAUAUUUACUGGACAACUGUCCCCAUGACUGGCUUUUCUUACAAUGCGCCGCUGUGGUGCAUCACGGGGGUGCUGGUACAACAGCUGCUGGUCUUAAAGCUGCGUGUCCAACAACUAUAGUGCCAUUCUUCGGUGACCAACCCUUUUGGGGAGACCGAGUGCACGCCAGAGGGGUAGGUCCUGCACCCAUACCCGUGGAUGAGUUCUCACUGACCAAGCUGGUUUAUGCAAUUAAGUUCAUGCUAGAUCCUCAGGUGAAGGAGCGCGCAGUCGAACUUGCCAAGGCCAUGGAGAGUGAAGACGGGGUGACAGGAGCAGUGAAAGCCUUCUUUAAACAUCUUCCUCAAAGAAAGCCCGACCCCGAGCCUGCACUUGCAGCAUCAAGUAAUCUUCCUCAAAGAAAGCCCGACCCCGAGCCUGCACCUGCAACAUCAAUUUUUUCCUCUUUUAGUAGGUGUUUUGGUUGUUCGUAAAUCGUGAGUGAAUGUUGUUUUCAGUUCUUUUAGAUUUGUGUAUUCUUGAUCAAUCAUAACAUUCAUACAUAUAUCACGUGUUAUAUAGAGGGAGACAUGCUCAAAAAGUGCUUUCUCCUAACAUUGCUCCAUGACCUUGGUUCUAACCCAUUCUGCAUAUGAUAUCCUGCUCUCAAGAGUUGUAUUGGUCUUUGUUCAUUAUGGUCACCAUUCAUUUAUCGGAAGAAAUAUAUAUUUGUUAUCAA